AUGGCCGAGCUCCCGUCGAAGGUGCACCUCACCUUGCACCCCAUGUGCCUGAGGAUCCGUGUGCCCUCGGUGUACACGGACGAUAAGCAUCGCAGGUGGCUGCAUUUUGUCCUGGAGACAGGAGGUGGCCUGCAAGUACGGUUGCGCCAGGAAGACAUCCCGAGUGGGCAAAUCCCCCGCACCACCAGCCUGCAGACCUCGAGCACCAUGCCUUCGAGGUGGAUGCUCCAGCUUGGCAACCAGUACCUGGACACCAUGGGCCGGUUCUGGCGCAUCGUACACCACAUCAAGGAGGAUGGAGUGGAGGAAAUGAUACUGGAGCUGAUAAACAACUCCUAG